AUGUUAAAACUUCUGGCUUUACCCGAACUCGAUACUAAGAGCGUCCUUAAUGUUGUGGAAGACAAUUUCCGUAAGCUUGGCUUGAAAGCCUACGCCAUACGUAUGAUAUACAUUGGCGAACAUGCACUGCCGAAAGAGGAAAUUCUUCAACAUUUCUCGAGGACCAUUGAACUUGUGAACUCUACUUACUGUGAGAUCAAUGUCUACGGGUUUCUACUCGUGUACGACAGUUAUUUUGUUCAUAUACUUGAGGGUUCUGAAGACACAAUUCACAGGCACUUAAGAUUUUUAUUCAGACGAGAGGCUAAUUGGAAAGCCAAAAAGUCGAAUUUGGACCAACCUCUGAAUAUUGCAAGUGAAACUGAAGGCUUUAAUGUCCUAAUGGCGGAGAAUACGGAGACAGAAGACGAGCCGGAGGGGAUAAUGUUUAGACGUUUGAAAGUAGUUAUGAUAUACCACUCCGUGCGCACGUUGCAAUUCACCAGCUGGCGUGCAGUGACAGCAAGGCCGCCAUCACUUAUAGGCAAAUUGGAUUUGUUUGGAACCCUACAAGAACAUUUGGAGCAACUACGCAUCUUCCUAAACAAGAUCACUAAAAUAUGUGCCUUCGCUAAAGCUGACGAAAAAUUAUCCUUCGAUGGAUUAAAGGUAACAGACCCUAAGAUGGAAGCUCUGCCCGAAGUUGCUCUGAUCGACUUCUUGUUGCAAUCUCCUCACAUUCUACCACUUCGUGAAACUGCGGCUUUGCAUCGUCGUGUCGAUGAUUUCAAAUUCUAUUUUGAGGAGGUUUGGCCUUUACCAACUCAGUUCACGCCUCGGUUCCUUUACAAGUUGAAGAUAGAUGACUCGUUCGUGGAACCUCUCCCUGUAAUGCCUUGGGAAGUGGUGAAAAAAGAAGAAGAUGAAGAUAAGGAUGAACGGGAGGAACAUACCGAUGGCUCGUCCUCUGAUUAA